CCAGGCUUGGAGACUAGGUAGCCACAGAUACACAAGCAUGCUGUAGGACCGUUCCCUUGAAGACGCAGACAUCUGUUGUCACCACUGGACACAGAUGGUACUGUGUCUCUGCUACUCUACCAAUGCCACUGCUGUCUCUGACCCCGGAAGCAGCUCCCUCUGACCCCGGAUGCAGCUCCCUCUGACCCGGGAUGUAGCUCCCUCUGACCCCGGAUGCAGCUCCCUCUGACCCGGGAUGUACCUCCCUCUGACCCCGGAUGCAGCUACUUCUGGCCCCGGAUGUAGCUCCCUCUGACCCUGGAUGCAGCUGCCUCUGACCCCGGAUGUAGCUCCCUCUGACUCUAGAUGCAGCUACCUCUGACCCCGGAUGCAGCUCCCUCUGACCCUGGAUGCAGCUCCCUCUGACCCGGGAUGUAGCUCCCUCUGACCCCGGAUGCAGCUACUUCUGGCCCCGGAUGUAGCUCCCUCUGACUCUAGAUGCAGCUACCUCUGGUCCCGGAUGCAGCUGCCUCUGCCCCCAGAUGUAGCUCUCUCUGGCCCUGGAUAUAGCUUCCUCUGACUGUGGAUGUAGCUCCCUCUGACCCUGGAUGCAGCUGCCUCUGACCCAGAUGUAGCUUUUCAAACCCAAAUAUGGCUGCUGUGCCCCCUUGCCAGAGUGAAUACUUCAUCAUUGUGGCCUCUUCUUGUCGCUGGUUCUUACUUAAAAUCUGAGCUGGAAGUUCAGAUUGACAGUUUUAUCACUUGCUCUUUCCUUGCUGCAGUCUAGAUGAGGUCUCAUGUUCGUAAGGUAAUCCCCUAUGUUGGCACCAUUCCUGAUCAGUUGGAUCCUGGAACUUUGAUUGUAAUACGCGGGCACGUUCCUGGUGAUGCAGACAGAUUCCAGGUGGACCUGCAGUAUGGCAGCAGCGUGAAACCUCGAGCCGAUGUGGCGUUUCAUUUCAAUCCUCGUUUCAAAAGGGCCGGCUGCAUUGUUUGCAAUACUUUGAUAAAUGAAAAAUGGGGACGGGAAGAGAUCACCUAUGACACGCCUUUCAAAAGAGAAAAGUCUUUUGAGAUUGUGAUUAUGGUGCUAAAGGACAAAUUCCAGGUGGCUGUAAAUGGAAAACAUACUCUGCUUUAUGCCCACAGGAUUGACCCAGAGAAAAUAGACACUCUGGGCAUUUAUGGCAAAGUGAAUAUUCACUCAGUUGGUUUUAGCUUCAGCUCGGAUUUACAAAGUACCCAAGCAUCUAGUCUGGAACUGACAGAGAUAAGUAGAGAAAAUGUACCAGGGUCUGGCACGCCCCAGUAUCCUAGUAAUAGAGAAGGAGACAUUUCUAAAAUUGCACCCAGAACUGUCUACACCAAGAGCAAAGAUUCGACUGUCAAUCACACUUUGACUUGCACCAAAAUACCACCUAUGAACCGUUUGUCAAAGAGCCUGCCAUUCACCGCAAGGUUGAACACCCCCAUGGGCCCUGGAAGAACUGUCGUCGUUAAAGGAGAAGUGAAUACCAACGCCAGAGGCUUUAAUGUUGACCUACUAGCAGGAAAAUCAAAGGAUAUUGCUCUACACUUGAACCCACGCCUGAAUAUUAAAGCAUUUGUAAGAAAUUCUUUUCUUCAGGAGUCCUGGGGAGAAGAAGAGAGAAAUACAACCAGUUUCCCAUUUAGUCCUGGGAUGUACUUUGAGAUGAUAAUUUAUUGUGAUGUUAAAGAAUUCAAGGUUGCAGUAAAUGGUGUACACAGCCUGGAGUACAAACACAGAUUUAAAGAGCUUAGCAGUAUUGACACGCUGGAGAUUAAUGGAGACAUCCACUUGCUGGAAGUAAGGAGCUGGUAGCCUACCUACGCGAAACACAGAAUGCUACAGAAACCGAAGUACAGAAUGGCUUCUGUGAUACUGGCCUUGUCGAAACGCAUCUCACUGUCACUCUAUUGUUUAUAUUGUUAAAAUGAGCUUGUGUACCGUUAGGUCCUGCUGGGUGUUCUCAGUCCUUGCUAUGAAGUAUGGCAGUGUCUUGCACCGAAUGGGGAGAUUGGGGGCAGUAGCAUUUACAGCCAGUUAAAGCCACUCUGCCCUCUCUCCUACUUUGACUCUAAGAAUCACAUUCACCAGGUAUUUAUGGAGUACCUACCAUGAUACAGUAGCUAACAUGUAUUGAGCACAGAUUUAUUGGUUAAAACUGCGCAAGGAGAUGGGAUAUACAAUUGGUGGUGAAACAAACCAGUGUGUUCCCUGUUGUCUUGGGCUUCGACUCUUCUGUGCUUUACCGCUGUGCACUGCUUCUACAGGCAUUGCAUCAACUCCCAAGGGGCCCUCUGGGAUUAGAGAUGCAGCUGUUAAAUCACCUGAAGACACUAAUUUAUAGAAGACGCUACCCCUUCCCCAGUGAUCGCUCAUAACCAGUGCUCCAGCAUAUCCCAUAACUGAGAGGACUGAUGUUGACUGACAGUUCAUUUUCUUUAGCAUAAUAAACAUAGAGCUCUAUUAGCUGCAAGCUUUACCAAAUAAUAACAUGACAUCUGAACACGGCACAGAAAUUAAGGCAAAAAAAAAAAAAAAAAAAAAAAAACCAAAGUAAAACUAAACAAAAAAAAGGUGCUGAAAUUAACCACUGAUGUCAAGCCCAAGGCAGCUGAUUUCUGUGUGUCUGAACUUAGGGUGAGUCAGAGUCUACACAGACUCCUACAGAAAGUUUAAGGAAGAGGCAAGAUGCAUUGAAUUUGAAAGAUAUUCAUGGGUAGUAAAGUAAGGUCAGGAUUAGACUUCAGGAUUAGACAAGGCAGGCACUAUCGAAAGUGUACACCAACUAGGAGACCCACAAAGCAGGCAGAGGUAAUACAGAAAUCAGUUUUGCUCCCAUGCAGAUCACCACUCAGGGCCUCCAUUCUUCUAAAGAUGAGUCCACCAUUAGCACCUGAGAUCAAAGCACUCUUCUGUGUUAAGUGAUUAAAGUCAAACCUGUAUCAAGUUAAA